AUGGCAAGAGAUCUAGGGCACCAUGCAAUUGGAAUUGAUCUGGGAACAACCUACUCGUGUGUGGCGGUGUGGCAGCAGGACCAUGUGGAAGUGAUAAUGAACGACCAAGGAAACAGAACCACUCCAUCAUAUGUUGCUUUCACUGAGACUGAGCGGUUAAUAGGUGAUGCAGCUUUCAACCAAGUCAUCAGAAACCCAGCUAACUCCAUCUUUGAUGCAAAACGAUUGAUUGGCCGGAGAUUCAGUGACACCUCUGUUCAAAAGGAUAUGAAGAUCUGGCCGUUCAAGGUUAUUGAAGGUCCUGAUGAUAAACCCCUCAUUGUGGUUACCCACAAGGGCGUGGAGAAACAAUUUUCUGCUGCUGAAAUUUCAUCCAUGGUUCUAGUAAAGCUGCGGGAGAUUGCUGAGGCCUACCUUGGAUCAAAGGUGAAAAACGCAGUCAUCACAGUGCCUGCUUACUUUAAUGAUGCACAACGUCAUGCUACAAAAGUUGCCGGUGUCAAUGCAGGGCUAAAGGUAAUGCAAAUUCUUAAUGAACCAACAGCAGCAGCCAUUGCCUAUGGGAUUGACAAGAAGGCUGGUUGGUAUAGAAAGAGAAAUGUGCUGAUAUUUGAUUUGGGGGGUGGUACUUUGGAUGUAUCAUUGCUUUCGAUAGGGGAUGGUGUCUUUGAAGUCAAGGCCACUGCUGGAAACACUCGACUUGGAGGUGAAGACCUCGACAAUAGGAUGGUUCAACAUUGUGUUAACAAAUUCAGAAAGAAGCAUUGUGUGGAUGUUAGUGAUGACCCUAGAGCACUAAGAAGAUUAAGAACUGCAUGUGAGAAGGCAAAGAGGUCACUUUCACUUACCUCUACAACUGACAUUGAAAUUGAUUGUUUGUAUCAGGAUAUUGAUUUCAGUAUAAACAUGAGCCGGGCCAAAUUUGAAGAACUCAACUCGGAUACUUUCAAACAAUGUUUGGAGCCUGUUGAGAAGUGUUUGAGGGAUGCUAAGAUGGACAGUAGCAGCAUCCAUGAUGUUGUUCUGGUUGGUGGAUCUUCGAGAAUUCCCAUUGUUCAACAGCUCUUAAAGAAUCUGUUCCAGGGGAAGGAGCUUUGCAAGAGCAUUAAUCCAGAUGAGGCUGUCGCAUGUGGUGCUGCCACUUUAGCUGCUAUCUUGAGUGGUGAUGGGAAUCUAAUCGGAAAGCUUCGAGACUUCACACUCUUGGAUGUCACCCCUCUAUCACUUGGGGUGGAGACUAGAAAUCAUGUCAUGUCUGUCGUGAUUCCAAGAAACACCGAAGUACCAGUAAUGAUGAAGGAGAAUUUUUGUACUGCGUCUGACAACCAAGCUGUUGCUCAUUUCCGAAUUUAUGAGGGUGAGAGUAAAAGGGCCCUAGAGAAUAACUUUUUGGGUGCAUUUAAGAUUGAGGACAUUCCUCCUGCUCCUGCCGGUGAAGCUAAAUUUGAUGUUUGCUUUGAAAUUGAUGCAAAUGGUAUUUUGAGUGUCUCUACCGUGGACCCAUCCACUGGACAAAACAAAGGGAUCAAAUUCAACAGUGAGAACAGAAAUUAUGAAGGAAUUGAGACUGUGAUGUAA